UUAUGAAGCAAAUUUCGUACCCAGCCCGUAAAAAAGAGCCGGAAAGCCUGCGGUUGGCAAGAGAACACAACGAUUCCUUCUGAACAUUCUCUACUCUCAGGAAGAGCAACUACAUGCGCACACUUACCUGUCGUCGCAUUGCUUGGGUGCUACUCUCCCGUAUAUGUACAAUAAUCUUUCCAGAUUUUGUACUGAAAUAUAUUGUGGGAUUACACACUGCAGCUGCUCGUCAAGCAUGGCGUGAAAAGAUUACGACCUGUUUUUUAUUCAUUGCAUUAGUCGGGUUCUUUCUGUUCUGGAUCGAAUACGUUUCAACACUAUUCUGCGACAGCGAAGACGUUGUACCGCAAGGCGACGUAUUUAAAAACGAAUCGAAAUACAUAGCACUUAAUGGCCAGGCAGCAGAAUGGUCCAAGUACCAAGAUUCAUCGCGCAUUGCUAAAGAAGUUGUUCCGUACAAUGGACUCGACGUUUCCCCUAUGUUUCCAACAUUCUUAAUGCUGGACCGAAAAGGAUUGGACACAUACCGGAAUCCAACAUUACGACGAUGCAUUGCGGGAGGAGACACAGACCGAUCGGCUCAAGCAGAUAAAUGGCUGACAUACAAACUUGCAAAUGACAGUGGCUAUCGAUACGACGGCAACGAGCUCAAGUGUCCCUAUCCCAACGAUACAACUGUUUCCGGUGCACCCUGUUACUCUUGGCCCUUUAAUGCAUUGCCAUUGAAGGGAGAUAUUGUGUAUCAAAUGGAUGACAUUAGCAACUUUACGACACUCUCUUCGCCCGACACUUUAGGCAAAGCAUACGUAGUAUUGAACGGCAAAGUACUCGACGUAACGUCUUACCUCGAAACAGCAACCGAUAUUGUUGAAGUGUCAUCAGGAGUCUACUCGCGUGCCUUUGCACUGGAUCGCAUGUUUCUACCGCUGGACGUCACCAUGCUCCUGUUUAUCAGCCUUGGCGAAGACAUUAGCGAAUACUUUACCAACAACGUAACGAAUCCAAAUCUCUAUGAAAGAUGUCUUGACGAGCUGUUCUUUAAAGGCAUCAUCGAAGAGGCGGAACCAUCCGGAUGCAAAAAUGUCAAUCCAGCAUUAUGGGCAACUAUGGGUGUAGGACUUUUGUACUUUCUCCUCAAAAUGCAUUUAGCGCAUCUGUGUAGGCUGCAGAUCAUGCAGCGCUUUUUAUUCUCAUCCACACCGGAACUUUCUUCGGCUAUGAGAAGCACCUGGCCCCACACAAUUCUCAUGGUCCCUUGUUACGCCGAACCAAGCACAACCAUCAAACAAACUAUAGAAUCGCUGGCAAGGACGCAUUAUGAAGAUUCGAGAAAACUGCUAAUGUUUGUCUGCGAUGGUCUGACAAAUAGCAAGCAAGAUUCCAAGGAGACGUAUGCUUGCGUUCUCGAAUUACUAGGAUACAGCGGCACCGACGAUCCGGCAUCACAGCCAUACAUUUCACUCGGCCAAAACCGAAAACGGAUCAACUAUGCAAAAGUGUACUCGGGAUAUUAUGAAACUGGACGUAACCGUGUGCCAUACCUGGUCGUCGUUAAACUAGGAGCUGCACGAGAAGCGCCAUUGGCACAAUGCGCUCCAGGCAAUCGUGGCAAAAGGGACUCAAUGGUGCUUGUUUUGGGAUUUUUGGAACGCUGCAUGAAUUUGGCUAGCAACAGGAUGACACCACUAGAAUACGAACUGUUCAACCAAUGUUACAGCGUCCUCGGGAUCAACCCACGCAAUUUCAAGUAUAUGCUGGUCACGGAUGCGGACACGCAGGUACAAGGCGACGUGGUACAAAAGAUGGUUUCACGGUUGGAAAAAGAUCGCAAGAUGCUGGCGAUAAGCGGGCACGUCCGACCUGCCAACCCAGAGCAGAACAUUACGACAAUGCUCCAGAUUUUUCCGCUUUAUCAAACGUUUUACUCCGGUCUUGCGUACGAGGCGUUUCUUGGCACGGUCAUCUCUAUCAAUGGCGGCUUUGUCAUGUACAAGCUUUGGACUGAGAACGUACCCGAUGAACCAAAAUCAUCGAAAGCGUCCCGGUGGCAACACCUCAAACGCAUCAGUAGUACCUCGACGUCUCAGCAGACAAUACGAUCACACAGCAAAUGGCCCAAAGUUAGCGACGAAAUAGAUCCUGCACACGACGAUAGCGAUACCCGUAGUAUGACAACCGGCGAAGAGUCACGACUGUCUUUGGCACCCAAUGCUGGCAUUCGGCCGUGCUGCAUUCAUCCGACGGUUCUUAGGGGUUUUGCGGCACCACAACCAGACACGCUUCAUAUGCAAAAUGUUCUGCUCCUAGGUGAAGAACAGUAUCUCAGCACUGUGCUCCUACGAUCACACCCUCAACAUCGCCUUGGUUUUGAACCAGAAGCAGUAGGCUAUGUCACCCUGCCGACAAACAUCUUUGCACUCCAGGCGCUCCAAUCUCGUAAUCUUCGCUCGACUUUCCACAACCAAAUCGAAAUGCAUCGGAUUGCGUGGGACGUGGGUAUUGGCUGCUGGAUCAUCUCGUUCACCAAACUUUUGGACAUGAUAUUCUCGGUACCAAUCAUCAUCUACCUAUACAGCGUCUACAUACGAUUUUUUAUGUCGCGCCACCUAGCUUAUGCUAUCAUCGCCCUCAGCUUUACGUGUCUGAUUACCCUACACAUCAUCUAUUUUAUCGUUCGACGCCAGUUCAAGUACGUUCUGUGGUUUGUCAUCUAUGGACUGUUCUCUGUACCACUAUUUGCUGUUUGGUUUCCACUCGUGGCCGUAUGGUGUAGCGAUUAUGCUCGACGAUGGUAUGAUGUCUGGCCUACUUCUAAUGGCUGUCGGGGACGAUUACAUGGAGUCGUUGACCACGAACGAGACGAACCAUCAGACGACGAUUACUCGGAGCAAAAGCAAUUAUCUGACGAGGAACUGGUACCACGCAUGCGACUUAACGAAUUUGAAGUUUUUGAAGCUGAAAAGGCAUAUCAGCGUGCAAUGCAAGAAGCUGUAGCACUCGAUUCCAACUUCACUGGCUUUACAGGCUUUGUCAGUGGCAGAGCGAGCAUUCAUUCGACCGACUCAUGGCAUUCUAACUCGUUGCUCGAUCCAAAUAUAUCGACGCCACCUAUUGCUCAACUCAGAAACAACGGUCAUCACAGUGUACGUGUCGGAAAGAGUACUACGAGCGGAUUUAAGCCGGUUGCUUCGGUUGUCGACAUGUAUGGCACAGUAAGGAACGUCGACGGUUUAAGACGACAGCGCGAUCCAUUCGAGGAUCCAUCGCCGACAGCAAGUGUUCGCUCAGGCUCAUUCGCAGAUCCAUUUGCAUCCGCGCUGGAUAAUCCAUUUGAUGAUGGAUAUGCAGUCAAUAAACAAGGAGGACAAGGCGGCUCAGUAACGUAUAACUCAGACGAGAUGCAUCGAACCCGUCGACAACAGCAUAUCGGCAAACACAAGCCAAGUCACUCUCAAUCAUCCUACUUUACCUAUUCAUCAUAUAACACCAACGAUGAAUAUCCACCGUAUUACCCAGCUGCUACCACAAUGGAUGGCGGCGGCUUUGUGAGCAAUGUAAGCUCAAGCGCACCUACCCGGUCAAGGUCCUACUCUGCCGAAUCGGCCAUUCCUGCUGACCGACGUUCCAUCAACUCGACCGUGUCCAAUACGUUAUCGUUAGCCAGCUCAAACCUUAGUCUGGACCCCGAGGCGUCGUUGGAGCACUCAAGAUACCCCUCCUAUCCUGCCACCGGAUCCAUGUCAGCAAGUGCAGUUGUCGAUGAAGAUAAUAGCGGCGAAGAAGGACGAAGAUCUGCUUUCCAUAGCAAAGUUGGUCUCAAAAUCCCUGGUCAUGUUGGUGGACUACGUGGUGUGGGCUAUGGCAACACAGGCGCUGCUGGCGCAGCACCAAACCCAUCCAAUCUCCCUAACCGCGUGCGAUCGACACGGAGACGGCGAGUACCUGCAGAACUGUCACUGCAUCAUCGUGACACUAGCGAUACGAGCUACCGACCGACCGAAAUGUCGACCCUGCCAAGGACAGCGGCUGCAGGCAUCAGCGACACUGGCAGCAGCAGCAACAAUAGCAGUGGCAAUGGCGGUGGCGGUGACAUUCGCGGGGUGAUUGAGCAAGAAGUCAGGACAUACCUGGGAAGCGCAGACCUCGAUUCCACGACACGUGCACAAGUAAAACAGCACCUGUGCUCUGUAUUUGGAGACAGGAUAGAGCGCGACGAACCCCUCCAAGAGUUCAUCAACAAGAGCAUUGAAGACAUCACUUUACAACUUUUAACACGUCCCUCCGCACCCAACUAAUAAGCUCGCUUACUAACUUACUUUUCUAUUCGCGAUCCACCAACACAUUUUCUCCUUCUUCAUCAUAUACCUCUCACCCUCUCACCUACCCAUCUACCUACCCGCACAAACAUACACACCAUCUUUCUUCGCGUCCCUUCUUCUGUAUUGUUCAUCAUUCUUUCCCACUACUUCUCCUUUUUUUCCUUUAAUCUUUUUUCUGUAAAUAACUGAUUGAAAUGGACCUGUAUGUACAUUUUUCCUCUAUCUUCUUUCUCUCUUUUCUCCAAACAAAAUAUCAUAUAAAGGCAUCGUCGUCGUCACGACAGCAAACAACUCGCACCAGGCCCACCACAAAUGCAGAACCAUAUAUCCGACCGCUCUCUCGAUUCAAUGGACUCAUUGAGA